GUGCGCAGUGCAUCCACCGCCGCUUUUCACGGUGGACGAGCGUAAUCGGGGCCCCGUCCGCCGCAAACCGCCCAUGCGACACCGGACAAAAUGCCGAAAAUUAGCCUGCGUAUUCUGUGUCUCGUGACGGCGGUCUUGUGCAUCGUUCAGCGGAGUCUUGAACAUGGAAUUCCUCGGAGGAGCUUCCUGUCACGCAGAGCGAUCGAUGGAACUAGAGGAAGGAAGUACUUCGAUCCGAACGAGGACGGUGCAUUCGACAGCUAUGGAUCCGCGGGCGGUCAGUACGAUCCGUACGAUCAUAUAACGGAUUUAUCCGACAUCAGAAAAAAUGUGCCGGGUGAGCCGGGAAUCGAUUAUCCCGCCUACACGACAUUACCUCAGACAGGAUUCACGUGCGAAGGACGUUCACGUGGUUACUACGCUGACGAAGCGGCCGGCUGUCAGGUCUUCCACGUGUGCCACGACGUGCUGGUGUCCUCCUUCCUGUGCCCGAUCGGCUCGACUUUCAGCCAGAAGCUGCUGACCUGCGACUGGUGGACCAAGGUCGAUUGUUCCUCCACCAGAAGAUAUCUGGAAAUGAAUCGCGACAGCUAUCAGAUUGAUGACGACGAGAUGAUUCGCAACGCGUACGCGAUGAUCAGUCUGCAAGCCUCCGCGGAGGCCGUCACCAAGGACGGUCUGGUGGAUCCCGACAGCGGUGCCAGGAUCAUUGAUUAUUCCGCGCUCGCCGGCAGGACUGUGAUGGGCUACACGCCCGGAUUCCGCAGAAUCACGGAUUACGCGGCGGUCGAGGCGACUGGGAAUGACCUACCGAGCGGAUUCGAGGACUAUCCACAACAGGACGCGCGGCAAAUUCUUAAUUACGAUAAUCGAUAUCAGCAGAAGAAGGCGAAUACUGUGUAUCAAGGCAAACCUCAUUUUAUGGAAAAUAAAGGACGAUCGCCCUAUCAUGCGUCCGCGAUCAUUCAACACGAUUAUCAGGAUCGAUCCGGCGAUAACGAGUUUCAGGACGACUAUCGUAGACCCGACGGGUUCACCAAUCAAUUACAGACGUCCUACGCGCCUACCGUUCCCACUGUUACCACCACCACUAGAAGAUUAUAUUCGCCUACGGUCCCGACGACCUAUCGACCUUCCACGUUGGCCUAUAGCAAGCUGGAUUUGAUGGUGGACAGCUCCGAUCAUCUUUAUGCGCAAAGCAAGAGCCCGGUGACCCCUCCCACGAUUACUCAUCAGAAUGACGACAUGAGAAAGAUUGAUUUGAGAGAGAGUGAAACGAGACAUGACGGUCUGAAGAAAUCGGAGAACGCCUCGUCAUCGAGAGCGAAUAAAGACAACGAUCAAAAAGGCGACAAUGUUCGCGCUAAGAAUGACGAAGUGCGUCUCGUUUUCGAGGGGACGUCGGAGACGAAGUUCAGGAUCAACGUAACCGAGACGAUUGACGAAGACGAAGUAUUUAGGCAGCAGAAUGACAGGCCGGUAAUCCAGAUUAAUAGCGAAGAUAGCUUGGAAGAUAUCGAGACGAAAGACAGCAUCGGAAUCGCUCGAGCGCUGAAUAUACAGAAUCAAAAUCCUAUAUACCAAGUGUCAAAGGACGAACGAAGAAGUUCGACUACGCCUAUUCCAUUGCAGACAGUUUUAAAUCCUUCAUCGAGGACUUAUGAGAAAGCGGACGAUGUGACUUCAUCAAAUACCCUAAAGAAGUCAGAUGUUUUCAAUGAGACGAGCAACGAUCGAUCGACGGAAGAUUACGAGGAUAUCUCAAGCUCGACGACGAGGAGCUUCGGUGAUAGAACGACUCCGCUGCUGAAACAUUGGGAACAGAAAGACGUUGACGUCGUGAAAGUAUCGACCGUACCAAUGACUGCGAUAAAUACGACUGAGAGAACCGUCGAUGAGAUUAAUGGCGAAAUCGCUGCUGGCUCUUCAUCCAACGAAAGCCGCGUAGCCGAGGACCAGAGUUCGUCGCCGACCGGAUCGAUCUCCAACUUUAACGACGAGUCCGUACACAAAAUAAACCUUAGUUUUCAGGUUCCUCAGCCGUCGCAGUUUUUGAAGCCUCCGGUGGGACGUUUUCUUAUUAAUGUUCCUGAAGAAACGCGCUAUACGACGAUUGAUGAGAACUCCAAGACAUCUUGGAGCUCUGAGGCGACGACCACAGAGAUCCCACAAUUUUCUAGCACACUCAUAAAAAAUGAAGAUCAAUCGCCGAUAUACGACGAGUUGAUUGAUUAUACAGAUGAGAGUUUUUCGGAGACGCCUAAUCCAGGAGUUCACCCUGCUCAAGUGGUCACCGAAGUAUCCACGUCCAUUCCAUGGCUCGUUUCUACAUGGCACGGUCGAUCGAUCGUCGAUGUUCCCGUGACCGAUAUCGUUCCGCCGAUCGUUGACUACAACGAUGGCUUCGAUGACUUUGUACCGCCAAAUGAACACUCCUACACAGAGCAAUUUGACCACACAGUACCCGUGGAUUCGCAAAGAACGCAGAAUUCUCCGACGACCUCGAAGAAAAACGACAGCGAGGCGGAUAUCCUGACCCGGUACAAUACAAGAUUCCAAUUCACCAUUAGAGACGCUAUCAAGGCUCAGAAAGAGUCGAAAACAAAUUCCAGAUGCUCUUCAACCUCUGACAAGCAAGGAGGACGCUGCGAGACGAGUUCUGUCACUCCCAAAAUUGCGGUUUCUACGCCGAGUGUGAAAGAAAGGACAGUUUCGAUCGGUACGAAAGCGUCUACAAGGAUUCCAGAACAACUAACUUUUUCGAGUAGCACGAAGAAAUUAAAGUUGCCUGAAGAAUCAGUAACACGUGCUUUUGAAUCUUCGACAUCUACUGCAAAAUCUUCGAUUAAUAGUGACAUUGAUAUAAAAAAUUCAAACUUGAAAACGGUUACACCGAGAGGCAUUGUAGAAAUUGAAAGACCUGAAGAGGAAAUAGAACAGACAGUGGCCACGACAGCGAGGAGUCUGUUACACUCGAUCCGUCCGGGAUCCUUAAAACAGAUCGAGGAGACGAUUGAUAAAGAUGAUUCUCCUUAUGCAGUAUCAUUCACAGUCAAGAAAAAUGAGGAUCUGGAGACGACCGCUGACGAUUUUAUCAGUCGACUCAUCACUCAGCACCAGCGACCGGAUUCCGUCUUGAAAGAUGAACUGGACGACUUCGAGAUUAUCAAGUCUGCAGAACCGGAAAUCGAAAUUGCUAGCAUUUUGCAGACGCCGAAAUUUUCUGACACAAGUAACGCUUCUCCGGACAAUGCAAACAACAAUAGUUUUUACAUUGCUGAAAAUGAUACAGCUAGUGAAUUUAAACAAUCGGAUUCAAAUAUGAGCAUGGUAAGUCUUCUCCAAAUAAUGGCAGAAUUGUUGAAAUUAGAUCGACUGCCACGACCAUUUUCGGCGAAAGACUUAGGUAACAUAGAGCUAAAUGAUUCGUUUAACUUCGAUGAAUCAACGUACGACACAGCGAGUCCAACAUUGGAUCCGCAAACCAGAACGACGUACGAAAACACGAAUUCCGAGACAUCUACUUUCGAUACGUUGAAGACACCCGCUACUAAGCUUGCUGAGUCGAAAGUGUCACGGAAUCUGCAACUCAAUAAAGCAUCAUUCGCCACAGGGAGUCCGCGAUUGGAUCACUUACAAGCCAAAACGCCGUUCGGAAAUGCAGAUCCCAAGAUAUCUUCCUUGGAUGAUACUUUGAAGGCACCUAUUAACGUUGAUCUCAAGCCGCCUCUUGAUAUUUCUUCGAGAGUCAGCCCUAAUGCCACGGAGCAGAAGACGAAUCGAUUGAAACCAGAAAGCAGAAUCGUACGACCACGUCAAAAAGAAAAAAUCCUAGAACAAUUGACAGAAAACUUCGGGCAGCCUCUUUACCGCGAUGACUCGAUUCGUAGUUCACUCGUCUUCGAUCUGCCGCAAGUGCAGAGAAGUUUGGAUUUCGAGACCGGUUUACCGAUAAAAGAGAGCAAGCAUGUAACUAGCGAAACUGAAGAGGAAACCGAAAAGGAAAGUUCAAUAUCUACGACAACGACGCAGGAAACGACUACUACGACGGAAUCCGUGAAGACUACCGUCGAGACCGAGUUCGUUCCUUCUCUGGGAUUCUCUCUAGAUACGAACGAAGGUCGCGAAGAAUACGUUCAAGCAGUUCUUGGAGGAUUGAUUGACGAGCACGCAAGUGAAAGCGGUAGAAAUGAAUCCAGCAUCGCGCAAGACGAAGCUCCACAAAAUGAAACUUUGGAAGCCGAGCAAUAAGAAAAUUCAAAAGACAUUAGAGAGAUCUUCGAAGAGUAUAAAAAAUUAAGAACGUUUAGAGGUCCCCGGGAUGUCUUCGACGAUCAAUUUCAUCAACGUCGAUCAACUAUAAUUGGUCUUCGAUUUUUUCCUAGAAUUAAAAAAAUCAAUCAAUCAAAAACGGUGAACUCGGCCAUUAAUAUGUUUGUAUUAUUAAAAAAUAUAUAUAUAACAAUG